GAUCUGAGGGGAUGGUGGCGCCCCGGCGUGCAGGGGUGUGUCUUUGGGCGGGGACGUGUCCACCCACCCCGCUGCUUUCUCCCCCUAUAUGAGGAGGCAAACUUUAACAGAGAGAUACACGAAACAUUGCAGGGUGUCGUUCCGUUUCUUGUGAGUUUUCAACUCCGUCCGUCUGGAAAUAGCCAUCAAGCCAGGAGCACGGGGACACAGUCGGCGUUUGGUUGUGGAGAUCGUCUUAUUCGUGCUGGCUGAGGACAAAACCCGAGCUCAAAAUGCCUCGAUCUUUUCUUGUCAAGAAGUAUUUCUCCAGCAAGAAGCCUUAUUACAGAGAAAACCAGCUGGAAAGUCAAACAGCUUUUGUCCCAGAAAGCUUUCCACUGGCCGAACUUCCAACACAAAACAACGCGUCUGCGCUCACUUGCCAUCCCAGCAGCCCCUUUUUCACCAGCUCUGAUGCCUUGCCUGCUCCCCUCUCCCCAAUUACCCCGGCGUCCCUGCCUCCCUCUCCGCUGGGCCCCCUGAACCUCACCAGCUCUCCCUCCAGCAGCAGUGGAGAGGAAGAAGAGGACGGUGGCCGAACCUCAGAUCCCCCCAGCCCAGAGGUCAUUCAAAACAUCUACCACUGUCUACACUGCAGCAAGAGCUAUGGCAGCCUCUCUGCUCUCUCGCAUCAUCAGCUGUCCAGCCACCAGCUCCCUCCAAGCGGUCCUUUGCUGCAGACUGCUUCCGUUCCCUCAGAGGUAUCCCCACGCCCAGCUUUCCACUGCAAACAUUGCUCCAAGGAGUACACCAGCCUGGGAGCUCUGAAGAUGCACAUCCGCUCACACACUCUUCCCUGCGUGUGCCCGACUUGCGGCAAAGCCUUCUCCAGGCCCUGGCUGCUCAGAGGACACAUCCGCACGCACACAGGUGAGCGCCCCUUUGCUUGUCAACACUGCAGCCGGGCCUUCGCCGACCGCUCCAACCUGCGAGCCCACCUGCAGACCCACUCAGAGGUGAAGAAGUACCAGUGCGGCUCGUGCUCGCGGACCUUCAGCCGCAUGUCCCUGCUGCAUAAACACAGCUCCUCUGGGUGUUGUCCCUCAUCAUAGAUCGCCUUGAAGAAGACGCCCCUGGAGCUCCCCUUUGGGUUGUGCUGGGAGCCAGCACCCACAUCCAUGUACAAUUCCUGUUUUCCUAAGUGCCUUAACUCCAUGAUUGUCAAAUAUGAAAUCACACUGUUGUUUGCUGCGUGUUUUCGGAACUGUGGCAGCUGAAGGCGUAGUUAAUUCCCAGGAAACUUCGCUGGUGCCGGCCGGUCCGGGACCGCGGCCAUGUUGCAGCUGCUUGGGGUGUGUUUGUGCGUACGCGAGGAUGUCAUUCCUCACCGUGCUAUACAUGCAUGAUGUGUGGGUGUUGAGACAGCUGUCUGUGCAUGGUGCACCGUGGAGGCAGGGCGCUGAGAGACGCGCUAGCUGCAACCUCAACGACAGGUGACACACGCAGACAACAUUUGCCCCCUCCUCGCUGCACAACCACACUAGGAUAUAAAAGCUCACUUGAGCCUGACCAAAAACUGUUAUCAAAACUAUUUGGAUGUGUGGCUUUUUUUUCUUUCUUUUUCUCAUUUUUUUUGGGUUUCUUAUUUUUUUUUUUUUUUUUAACAUUUGGUUGAAGAUGAACUUCAAUAGAUGUACUUUGCAAAGUUGAGUAUUUUUAUUCCAAUGGUUUUGUAAAUAAAAGGAUUUCUAAUAAA